UCUCAGGCACAGCUGAGCUUGUUAAGGAGAACAAAGUACUGACUGGUUUUUGUUCCAUCAAAAGACCAGAGGAAUCAGGACGUGGAGAGGAAAGCUAUAGAGAGCAGGUAGGAAUAUGGGUCCCAAGAUUACGACAGAGCUGCUCAGGCAGCUGCGGCAGGUGAUGAAGAGUUCCAAGUACGUCGCCGAGCCCAUCCAGGCCUACAUUGUGCCCUCCGGAGAUGCACACCAGAGUGAGUACAUUGCGCCCUGUGAUUGCAGACGGGCCUUCAUCUCUGGAUUUGAUGGCUCUGCAGGUACUGCCAUUAUAACUGAGCAAAAAGCAGCCAUGUGGACGGACGGACGUUACUUCCUGCAGGCAGCACAGCAAAUGGAUAGCAACUGGAUGCUCAUGAAGAUGGGCCUGAAGGAUACGCCGACGCAGGAGGACUGGCUAGUGAGCGUGCUCCCAGAGGGCUCAAAAGUCGGUGUGGACCCUUUCAUUAUUCCAGCCGAUCAGUGGACGAGGAUGUCUAAAGCGCUGAAAAGUGCCGGCCAUGUUCUUGUGCCGGUCAAAGAGAACCUGAUAGAUGCAAUCUGGGUAGACCGCCCUCCGCGCCCCUGCAGACCUCUGAUGACCCUGGACCUGAGCUACACAGGGAUAGGCUGGAAAGAGAAGGUUGCAGCUCUGCGUGCGAAAAUGGCUGAGAGAAAAGCCCUCUGGUUUGUGGUCACCGCCCUGGACGAAGCAGCUUGGCUGUUUAACCUCCGAGGCUCAGACGUUGAAUACAAUCCAGUGUUUUUUGCUUAUGCUGUCAUAGGAACCGACACAAUCAGGCUGUUUAUCAACCACGACCGCGUGGCAGACCCGUCCGUGAGGGAACAUCUGCUGCUGGAUUCCGCCCUGGAGGCUGAGUUUAAAAUCCAGGUGGCGCCAUAUGAAUCCGUCCUGACGGAGCUGCAGGCAAUCGGUGGGGCUCUCUCCCCCCAGGGGAAAGUGUGGCUCAGUGACAAAGCCAGCUAUGCCCUGACCCAGGCUGUUCCCAAGGCUCACCGCUACCUCACCCCGUACACCCCCUUGUGCAUCGCGAAGGCCGUGAAGAACGCAGCCGAAACAGAAGGCAUGAGAAGAGCACAUAUUAAAGAUGCCGUGGCUCUGUGUGAGCUCUUUAACUGGCUAGAGAAAGAGGUUCCAAAGGGAUCUGUUACUGAAAUCUCAGCUUCAGACAAAGCAGAGGAGUUUCGCAGCCAACAGAAGGAUUUUAUCGACUUGAGCUUUGCUACCAUUUCAAGCACGGGCCCGAACGGCGCCAUCAUCCACUACAAGCCAGUUCCUGAGACCAACAGGACUUUGUCGGUGAAUGAGAUCUACCUGCUGGAUUCUGGAGCUCAGUACAAGGACGGCACAACAGAUGUGACGCGGACAAUGCAUUUCGGCACCCCCUCGGCAUAUGAAAAGGAAUGCUUCACCUACGUCCUGAAGGGCCAUAUAGCUGUGAGUGCCGCCAUCUUCCCUAACGGAACCAAAGGUCACCUUCUGGAUUCCUUUGCCCGCUCUGCGUUGUGGGACUGCGGUUUGGAUUACCUGCAUGGCACAGGACAUGGAGUUGGGUGUUUCCUAAACGUCCAUGAGGGCCCAUGUGGCAUCAGCUACAAAACGUUUGCAGAUGAACCUCUGGAAGCUGGCAUGAUCCUGUCUGAUGAGCCUGGGUAUUACGAAGAUGGGUCUUUUGGGAUCCGAAUAGAAAACGUGGUACUCGUGAUUCCUGCCAAAACUAAGUACAACUUCAGUAACAGAGGGAGCCUGACUUUCGAGCCGUUGACCCUGGUUCCGAUCCAGACUAAAAUGAUCAGUAUCCCUUUACUGACGCAAAAAGAGUGUGACUGGGUGAAUGAUUACCACCGGACAUGCAGGGAAGUGAUUGGGGAAGAAAUGAAGAUGGUGUAA